AUGAGACUUGUCGGUGUCUUUUAUACCUCACAGCAUUCAACAUCAACAACAGCUGCAGCAGAGAUGCAGACGUCCUUACCGACACUGGGCGUGUCGCCUUGGGCUCAUGAAACAGCAGUGGCGGACUGGGUGGCACGUUACGAGCAACUGGCACCUUCGGUUCCGAUUCGGUUGGCCGAUCCUUUGGAGGUACCAAUGGGUUUGCCCCACUUGCAGAUCUCGCUAGCUAUAAACACUGAACGCGCAUCCAGCCUGUCAGCAAAGCUGGAAGAGUCGGCAGAGCUUCUUUUGAAUAGGCUCAUCGGCAUUCGAACUGGCGAUGUAAGCGGUGAUGCAGCAGUAGUCGACUCUUGA